UACUCUUCCUAUCUGAGAGUAAUAUUCGCGGGGGGUCUCGGGUUUCUGCUGACCCGUCCGGUGCAAAUAAAUCCCGGCGAGAAAUCCGGCGAAAACUCCCGGAGUUUUCGCUCUUAGCAGCUUCGUUCCUUGUCGUCGUCUUCAUCGCCAUGUCGAUAGAGAUCAAACUUUCGCGAUCCAACCGCAUUUAUCGCCCUAAUGAACUAGUGGAAGGCAAAAUCGUAACGAAGCUCUCUUCUUCCAUUUCCCAUCAAGGCAUUCGACUCAAUGUCAACGCUUCAGUCAACUUGCAGGUUCGAGGAGGAUCAGCUGGUGUUAUUGAAUCUUUUUAUGGUGUUAUCAAGCCUAUAACAAUACUGAAUAAGACUGUUGAGGUCCUAAAAUCUGGUAGGAUCAGCUCAGGUACUACAGAGAUUCCAUUUUCCUUCAUGUUGAAAGAUCCAGGAGAAAAACCCUUGGAAAAUUUUUAUGAAACAUAUCAUGGUGGGGAUAUUAGCAUUCAGUAUCUGGCAUCUGUAGACAUUUCAAGAGGAUACUUACACAAGUCUCUAUCUGCCACAGUGGAGUUCAUAAUUGAAAGUGAAAAGGAGAAUCUUCCAGAGAAACCCAUUUCUCCUGAAAUGGUCAUCUUUUAUAUGACCCAGGACACACAGAGGCAUUCACUACUUCCAGAGCUAAAAUCAGGGGGAUUUAGGGUAAGCGGGAAAGUGUGCACGCUAUGUUCUUUGUCGGAUCCUAUUGAAGGUGAGCUAACUGUUGAAUCAUCUGCUGUUCCUAUCCAAUCCAUUGACAUUCACUUGCUCCGGCUGGAGUCAAUUUUGGUUGGAGAAAAGAUAGCAACCGAAUCCUCUCUGAUACAGACAACUCAGAUAGCAGAUGGAGAUGUAUGUCGAGGCAUGACAAUCCCCAUCUACAUUAUUCUUCCCCGUCUUUUGACUUGUCCGUCAAUCUUUGCUGGUCCCUUUUCCAUAGAGUUCAAAGUCACCCUCGUAAUAACCUUUCAUUCAGAGCAAUCGAAGGUGCAUUCGAAAUCCAAUUUCAAAAUUCUUAAAUCAUGGCAUGCAGCGGAAAGUGUUCCCCUUGAACUAAUUCGGACAAAGUGAGAUGCUGAAAUCAGGGAUACUGAAGUUAUUGCAUAGGUCAAGGGACGAAGACCCACUAACUGAUACUGGAUUUGGCACCUUGAGGAUAGACUUAUUAUGUGUAAUCUUUCAUCUGAAAGAUGACUAUCAUCAAGCUCAUUUGGUCGCCGUUAUGCCCAUGAAAGAAUGUUCUUGUUCUACAUGUGGAAAUUUUCCAGGACAUCGUGCAAAGGAGAAUUGCACAUCUAGAUGGACAAGUAAGCUGUAAUUGCGGGAUGUGAAGAUGAACUUAUUUUACAGUAAGAGAUCUGCCUGUUUUUGUUUCUUAUGCUUACUCUAGCGACUAGCUGUUUAGAGUCUUACACUGGAGAAAAGAUUGUACAUGCAAGUGCAAAUUUGCCAAACUGGUCUCAUGCAAGAGACAGAAAAUCUGUCUACUAUGUCAAAAAAUUGACCCACAAGCCUUGGUUCUUAAUAUAUGCUAUAUGUGUCUUUCAUGUUGGUAUAAAAGUAACUCUGGAUGUGUUCUUUA